UUGCACAAGGGAAUCCCAUAUAAGCAAACACCGAGAUGUUGUUCGUAGCUCUGAGACAGGCGGCGCUCUCACAGUGCAGGAGAUACAGCGCUAUGGCUGCCAGCAAUGGACUCGUCUUUAGGCAGUUGUUUGAACCAGUCAGUUGUACGUACACCUACCUGCUGGCCGAUAAAAACACCAAGGAGGCCAUUCUGAUUGACCCCGUGCUGGAAAAAGCAGAACGAGAUGCAAAACUCAUCAAGGACCUGGGGUUCAAUAUGAUCUUUGCAGCCAACACUCACUGCCACGCAGACCAUAUCACUGGCACCGGCGUGCUGAAGAAGCUUCUACCUGGGUGCAAAAGUGUCAUCUCCAAGGACAGCGGCGCUCGGGCCGACGUCUACAUACAAGAGGGGGAUCAAAUCAAGUUUGGGAAAUUUUGGGUGGAGGCGCGUUCCACUCCCGGACACACAGAUGGCUGCCUCACCUACGUAUUGAAUGAUCAGAGCAUGGCAUUUACUGGAGAUGCACUCCUCAUCAGAGGCUGCGGACGGACAGAUUUCCAGCAGGGUUGCCCCAAAACCCUGUACCACUCCGUGCACACCAAGAUAUUCUCCUUGCCCGACAGCUGCCUACUGUACCCUGGGCAUGACUACACAGGUCAGACAGUGUCAUCAGUGGAGGAAGAGAAGCGCCUGAACCCCCGACUCACUAAAGACGAAGCUGAGUUUGUGAAGAUCAUGAAUAACUUAAACCUGCCUAAACCUAAACAGAUAGAUGUUGCUGUUCCAGCCAACUUGAAAUGCGGAAUUCAGGAUCCUUGAUGACAUCACGUUUAUCCCGAUGACCUCAUUCCGACUCGUAUAAUCAGCCAGUGGCCUUAACAGAUGAACGACAAUGAACUCGCUGUUUCUAGCAUAUUUUUGUAUGAGGGGAAGGUGGCUAAAUGCUCCUUUUGUUUUUAAUAAGAUGAACCAAUGUUAGUCCUGUUCUUUCGGGGGGAGAUGGUUUUGCUUGCCUUUUUAUCGUUCUCACAAUGAGCUCAUACCUGCUUGAUGCCUUCCGGCUAAUGAUCUCCUCGUUAGCCUGCGCAGAGGUACGGAGCCUGCAUUGCUGUAUAUUUUGUAAAUUAUUUGUUUUCCAGUAAAAUAUUGAUCCUA